AUGUAUAGCGAGAGGAGGCAUACAGUCCAAGAAUACCUUCGAGUCGAACUUGGAGCCUCUGGAGAUGUGAUUACUCCUCCUCCUCUUGUAGCUGCCAGACUACGUCGCUUUGGUCGCACCACCCCACAGUCUGCUCAGUCAAAUUCGUCUUCUCAAUCGCCAACAGGCUCAGGCUCAAACUCGAAGCGUCUCCGUAACAGUGAUGAUUCUUCACCUAUACCCCUCUCUAAACGCCAGCGCCGUGCGCUUAGCAUCGAUCCAUUUAUUAUUCAGGCAUCAACUCCUACCACCAAGCCUCGGCCAUCUGGUACAUUCGCCCUUCUCAUGCUUCUCGAUUCUUCGGAUGGCGAUGCUGGAAUUACAGCCCAAGAAUUCAAAGCGCUGAUCAGACGAUGCAACGCUUGCUCCCUAUACAUGACUAAGCGUGUCUUCAAUGACCACGUAUGUCAAAAGGUAAAUAUCAGCACCCAAGGCAACGAGGUCAUCGAUCUUACUGGAGAUGAUGACUAG